CCCUGCCCUGCCCUGCCCUACCCUACGCUACCCUACCCUCGGCUGCUGUUCCUGUUCGUGUUCCUGUUCCAGUUCAGUUCAAUUCAAUUCAAUUCUACAAAGGCAGGCAAGAAGGAAGGCACAGACACAGUUAUCUUCUUCUUUCUUGUAUUCGAGUCAAAUCGGAGGGUUGGUUGUAUCUUAUCGGGAUUCAAUUUCAAAUUCAAUUGCUACAUGUAUUAUGUGUGUGUGUGUAUGUAUGUAAUAUGGGUGAGGAGGAAGUGAGAAUCUUCGACGACGACAGCGUGGCGGAGUGGGAGGCGGGCCUCCCCUCCCUCCAUGAUCUCACUCCGCUCUCCCAGUCCCUCAUCCCCGCCGAAUUGGCCUCCGCCUUCAAAAUCUCGCCGGAGCCCACGCGGACCCUGCUCGACGUCAACCACGCCUCGCAGACCACACUCUCUUCCCUUCGAGGAGGGCCCCCCGCCAACUUCAAGCCCUUCGUGGACGACGAUCACGUCAUGACUGACCCGGACCCGGACCCGGACCCGGACUCGGACCCCGCGGCGGAGGAAGGAUCUGAUUCGAAGAAGACCCGGCGGACUGACCCAACCGACGAUCUGGCUCUGGACGACCAGUCAGCGGCAGGGGCGGGGGCGGGCGGCGCCGCCAAGACGACUCUGAAGCGGCCGCGCCUCGUGUGGACCCCGCAGCUUCACAAACGGUUCGUGGAUGUGGUGGCGCAUCUAGGGUUGAAGAACGCCGUCCCCAAGACAAUUAUGCAGCUGAUGAAUGUGGAGGGUUUGACCCGCGAGAACGUCGCCAGCCAUCUCCAGAAGUAUCGCCUCUAUGUCAAGAGGAUGCAGGGCCUUUCCAACGAGGGCCCCUCGCCCUCCGAUCACCUCUUCGCCUCCACUCCCGUGCCGUUGCAGAGCUUCAACGACUCAUCCACCAGCCAUGGGAAUGGAAGCCAUAGCACCAGCGGGGGCGGCAAUGGAAACCUCGGCCUACCGUCGCCUCCGAUUACAAUGCCAUAUCCUCCUCCUCCUCCUCCUCCACCACCACCUCCUCCGCAGCAACAGCAGCAGCCACCUGUGAUGCCAAUGCAGCUAUUACCUGGAAAUGGAUUUCAUGGCUACGAUCAGUACCAUUACCAGCAGCAGCAUUACAGUACCAUGGUGCAGCAGCAAAGGGACUGGUCCGGGAACAAAUUCAGUGGCGGCUAUUCUCAUCACAUGGCACAGAACAACAAUAAAUGUUAGGAUGAUUGAAUUGUGGAAUGUUGGGAAUAAAGGAGGAUCUGGUGGAUUGAUUCUUUGCACUGGGAAUGUGACAUGUGAACCUCAGCUAGCUAGGACUUGUUAUGUUAGCCAAAUAUAUCACUUGAUUGAAUAUACAUCAUAAUCCAGCAUAGGAUUCUUAUAUUGAUUGCUAUAAACUGUACUCAUGGAGUGGUAGAUUAGAUAUAUGAUUAAAUUAUAGGACUUAUGCCAACUUAUGCAUGUUAUAUAUUAUGAAAUGUUUGGAUCUUUAAAGAGCCAAAUGGAUAAUAUGCUUUGUUCUUUGUAAAUAAAAGUUUGUGUGUUAAAGGACCAUUCUUUGGGUUUGCUCCCUGUAAUUACUGGUGCUUCAAAUUGUUUCUUAUAAAUUUGGCCGGACUAAAGGCAAUGAAAUUGUUUGUCACUUAGCCUCAUUUAAGUUCUUGCAUGGAAGAACUCUUGCUUGCAACUAGUUGUCCCUAAGUUACUGAUAAUCCUGCUUCUUUGUGAUGAGAUUGUUUAAGAAUGUUUGUUGGUGUAUCGCGUUAUCAGCAUAAAAUUGCUUACUUUUGUUUUUCUUUGGGAGUUAUUGCGAUUUUGAAUUGUGCAACAAAGCUCUCUUUAUGAAUUGUGCAACAAAGCUCUGUUUUUGAAUUGUGACUGUUGACAUACUUAUUUAGCUAUUUCAUGUUAUAUAUCAUUUUUUCAUCUUGUGCAAAAGUUUUGGCAUAUUUUCACUCUCAUCUAGGGGAGACCACCAAGAAAGCUCAUGGUGCCACAACUAGAAUCUUGGCUGCACAUUUAAUUUCUUGUGAAGGUGGAUAAAAUUGAGUGUGAAUGUUGGUGCAAUACUACUUAGAUCUUUAGGAUGUUUUCUCAAUUCACUUGCCUUUUUGGUUUAUCGAAUCUAAAAAAAACUUGUCUAACUGAAUGCAUUUGUUACUUGUCUUCUGUUUCCUUCUCUUAUGAAUGUAAAUUGAGUGAAUUGCUUCCUGUUUUCUGCUGCUGUUUUUCAUUAGCUUAUGCAAGAACAAAGUAAAUGGAUGGUAAAAGAAUUAACAGGCUCAGGAUUUACAUAAAUCACUCCUUUUUGUUAACCUGCUGCUUCU